AUGAAGUCGCUACGUUCUGCCGCUCUCCUUUCCAUUGCCUUCCUGGCGUCGGCUACUGCCCACUCGACGCGCAAGUCGCUCAACUUUGGGCCUCGCCACCCCACUGCCCGCUAUGUGACCGAGCCACAGGUCACUUCGACAUUCAUGGCCACCUCGACCGACCCAUAUGACGUGGCCAAGUCGUUCCUUUCUGCCUAUACCACCUCGGAUUACUUCAUCCGCGAGGACUCGUACACUGACCGCAACACGGGCGUCACACACGUCUAUGUCCGCCAAAAGGUCGAUGGCCUCGAGGUCGCAGAUGGCGACAUGAACUUGAACAUUCGCGACGGCCGUGUCCUCAGCUACGGUGACUCGUUUUACCGAGGUGCCGCCCCUGCCUCAUUUGACAAGCAGCCGUCAACAUCACAUGCCACUCACUGCGCUGAUUUGGCCGCACAGAAGAUGGCCGUCUCUGGAGGCGACCGCCAGAUGGUCUUUGCCGAGCUCUCUGCCACUGACGACGAGCUCUAUACCCACAACUGCGCUCGCCCACUGGCUGCCGUUCAAGAGGCCCUCACUGCCAACGGCAAUGGCGACUCGCACGAUCCUCGCCGCGCCGCUCUCUACUUUAUGAUUGCCGCCCACGCCGACCAAGCUACUGUCGAUAACCUCACUCGUGACUUUGACAAGCACAUUAGCCGCAUGACCGUUGCCCAAGAAACUCACUUUGUGGGCAACGAUGCUCACCCCACGGCCAUUAUUUCUGGUCUCCCUGGUUCCGUCAGCCCUGUCAAGGCCCGCGUCGUCUAUGUUCAGUCCCCCACCGAGGACAACGAGACUGAGCUCCAUGCAGUCUGGCGCAUGGAGGUCGAGAUGCAAGACAACUGGUACGAGGCUUAUGUCUCGGCUUCUGACCCCUCGACCAUUGUCUCGGUUAUCGACUGGGCUUCCGACUCGCCUGUCCCCACCGCUGGUGGCAAGCUCAACGCUCUCGAGGCCAAGCUCGCUACGGGUCAUGUGUCGAGUGAAGACAAGCCCGGUUCCUACAAGGUCUGGAAAUGGGGUUUCAACGAUCCAGAAAGCGGCGAUCGUUCCGUCGAGGAGGCCUGGCAUGACAAGAUUGCGUCUCCCCUUGGUUGGCAUACCAUUUCAAAGAAGAAUAACCCCGCCGGCAGCCCUGCUUGGCUUGGCAAACACGAUAAGCAUGGCGACGAUCAGACUUAUCUGAACUUUACUACCACCUGGGGUAACAACGUAUUUGCUCACGAGAACUGGGAGGGCCGCAACAACUGGAUCAAUAACUAUCGCCCCGAUGCUGGUCCUGGCCUCAAUUUCGAGUUCAAGUACGACCCCAAGACUGGUCUCGAUGAGUCUCCCGCCCAGUCUCCCAAGGACUACAUCGAUCUCUCGGUUACCCAACUUUUCUAUACCAGUAACAUGGUUCACGACCUUUACUAUCGCUAUGGCUUUGACGAGGUUUCCGGGAACUUCCAGCAAGACAACUAUGGCCGUGGUGGCAAGGAGGGUGAUGGUGUCAUUGCCAACUCUCAGGAUGGUAGCGGUUACAACAACGCUAACUUUAUGACCCCCCCCGAUGGUCAAAAUGGUCGCUGCCGUAUGUACGUCUGGAACACUGCCUCUCCCUACCGCGAUGGCGAUCUCGAAGCCGGCAUCGUUAUCCACGAGCUUACCCAUGGACUUUCCACUCGUCUGACUGGCGGUCCUGCCAACUCGGGCUGCUUGGGCUGGGGCGAGAGUGGAGGCAUGGGUGAAGGCUGGGGUGACUUCCUCGCAACCACGAUCCGUAGCACCAAGGACUACAAGGACUUUGCUAUGGGUAGCUGGGCUGCCAACCAAGUCAAGGGUAUCCGCAACUAUGUCUAUUCUACGAACAUCACCGUCAACCCCUCGACAUACAAGACUCUCGAUAAGCCAGGCUAUUGGGGUGUUCACGCCAUUGGUGAGGUUUGGGCCGAAAUCCUUUGGGUGGUAUCCCAGCGCAUGAUUGCCAAGCACGGUUACUCCGAGACCCUCUUCCCACCUCAGCCUCUCGAGGAUGGCACUAUUCCCAUUGGCGAUUUCUACCAACCUCAAGUUAUGGGCAAGCCGCUCGUUCCCAAACAUGGUAACACCUUGAUGGUCCAACUUGUCAUUGCAGCGAUGAAGUUGCAGCCUUGCCGACCCACUUUCUUCGACGCCCGUGACGCCAUCAUCCAGGCCGACGAGCUCUUGACCGGUGGCGAGAACUUCUGCGAGCUUUGGGCUGGCUUUGGCUCUCGUGGCUUGGGUACCGAUGCCUCGCUCCGCGGUCAAACCCCAUGGGGUGGAGGAGUGCACACUGACGGCUUCAAACUUCCUGCCAAGUGCAAGUCUCAUGAGUAG